AUGUUUACGCAGAGUAAUUUAAACCAACAGAAAAUCUGGAACCAAAAGCAGAUCAACUCCCCAGCUUUUUAAGGACUUUCGGAGUCUGAAUCUCAAGCUAAGCAAAAGGAUAAUAUAAGAGAGCAGGAGGAGACGAAUAUAAGACACAAAUAAGUGAACUUAGAGUCAGUAAUGCUUGAACAAGAAAGAGGCACUCCACUCAUGGGACCCGGCACCCAAGAACAAUUAAACAAAUAAAACUAAUGA